GGUGACAGACAGAACAUAGUGUUUGGGUCACCGUAACCUUACAUUGCCACCUAACCUAUCCUAUUGUUGAAGUUGAAAAAUAAACAAGAAAAUGGAUAUUUCUGAUUUAAAACUGGACCUUAGCAAAUGCAAACGGGAUCUGCUGACCGGGAUUCGGGAAUGCUCCGAGCGAGGAUUGUUGUACGCCGUCAAAUGGCUGGCAGAAAUCAACUUUGCUCUGGAUCACAUAGAGCCGGCCCCAGAAGAUGUUCCCGCAUCGAGCGGGGACUUGGGAAGCGAAUUCUCCACCUAUUUAAUGGCCAAGUCCUAUCUGAGCCUCAAAGAAUACGAUCGGUGUGCCUAUUUCUUAAAAAACUGCCUAACAGCUAAGGCUAGGUUCCUGCACUAUUACGCCCGUUAUAUGGCCAUUGAAAAGAAGGAUAUGACCGAGAUGAACUGUCCUCCAGAUCCGAGACAAACCAGCGCCCUGAAAGCGCUGUGCACUGAAUUGAAGAACGAGUUUUACGAAAACAAACUGGAUGGAUACUGCUCCUAUGUGUAUGGGAUCGUGCUGAAGAAGAUGGAUUUGCAUUAUCUGGCGGCGAAUGUUUUUGUCCGAGCCGUUCAAGAGGAGCCGUUGCUCUGGAGCGCCUGGUAUGAGUUGGGGAAGUUGCCCUCUGAUAAAAGCCAAGACAUCAACACCCAGCUGCCUGACCACUGGAUGAAGUACUUCUACGCGGCUCACACAUAUUUGGAGCAGCUGAAGAACGAUGAAGCCGUGGAGAUUUAUCAGAAAUUGCAACAGUUGGGGUUCCAGAAUAGCACCUAUAUUCUAUCGCAAAUCGCGCUGGGCUCGCACAAUAACAGAAAGUUGCAGGAGGCGAUCGAAAUGUUCCAGAAGAUCCUGCAAAUCGACCCGUACCGCCUGGACAACCUAGACACCUACUCCAACUUGCUCUACGUCCUGGAAAACAAGACGGAUCUGGCUCAUCUGGCGCACAAAGUGGUCGAAAUAGACAAGUAUAGAGUUGAAACCUGCUGUGUGAUUGGUAAUUAUUACAGUUUAAGGUCGGACCAUGCCAAAGCAGUGUUGUACUUUAAGCGCGCUUUGAACCUGAAUCCCCAUUUCCUAUCUGCAUGGACGCUGAUGGGCCACGAGUACAUGGAGAUGAAAAAUAUUAACGCAGCUAUUCAGAGCUAUCGAUACGCUAUUGAGAUCAACAGUAGGGACUACAGAGCGUGGUAUGGUUUGGGGCAAACAUACGAAAUUCUAAAAAUGCCGUUCUACUGCUUGUACUAUUACAAGCAGGCUCAACAUCUGAAGCCGAACGACAGUCGAAUGAUCAUCGCGUUAGGAGAAACCUACGAAAAGCUUGACAAAACGGAGAACGCUCUCAAAUGUUACUAUAAAGCCUGCAGUGUGGGCGAUAUUGAAGGGUCCGGUUUGAUUAAGCUGGCAAAGCUAUACGACAAGCUGAACGAUACGGAAAAUGCGGCGGCCGUUUUCAUCGAAUAUUGUGUAAGGGAAGAGGAUAAAAAGGAGAAAGUCAUCGAUGAACAGCCGGAAUACUACAAUGCCUUGCAGUAUUUAGCGAAUUACUAUUUACGAAAAGGCCAAUUGGACGAUGCCUACACGUACGCAUACAAAUGCAUCGAAUGUGAAGAGACCAAAGAGCAAGGGAAAGCUCUAUUGAAAGCAAUUGCGGCCAAGAGGAUAGAGCAUGAUGACGUCGAGCAUGACCCGGAAGUGAACAUAUCUGUGGUGGACAUGUCUAUGGACUAUUCGAUGAAGAACGACGACAGCUCUAUGAAUCUCACUUGUUAAGGUUUGAUGUGUUAUUUUCGGUUUUUUUUCUAAAUAAAAUACUGUUACUAACCAAA